AGGCUGUCAGUGCCCGGACCGUGUUAUAAUAGGCUGUCCCGCUGUGAAGGCUGGGUGUGAUUGGUCCCGCCGCACACAUUGCAGGAGCGCGCCAUUUCCCUCCCCACAGGCGGAGUUAAGAUGGAGGAUACCGGCACUAAGCCGGGGUCCGGCGGAGACCCCCAUUUAUUUGACUAUCCUCCCGUGAAAAUGUUAGCGGACCGGCUCAAGGAGUGCAAGAAACGCGCGGGCUCCGCCGCUUCCUCCCCGUUCAUCCUGGAGCGGCCGUGCGGCUGCGCCCUGGACAUUGGGCUGGUGUGGAUGCAGGGCUCGGUGAUAGUGGUCCGGCCAGCAGGGGGCGCCACUAUCCGCCUGACCGAUGGCACUCACACAUUUACUGUGUGCGGGGCAGACAAGGUGCCCAAGGGCAAACCCUUCCUGCUGCCAGGAAAAUAUGUGAUGGUAAUGGGAGUGGUGUUGUCUUGCAAUCCUGAGCCUGUUUUACGUGCAGUGAAGAUUACAGAUUUAUCAGAAAAUCCUGUACACCAGACCAUGUGGAAGUACGAAGUGGAUGAUUUGCAUAAAAUAUUGAAUUCUAAAAUUUGUAUUUGCUAGGUAAAAAUUAGCAAGUGCACUCUACUAGGAUUUGCAAACUAUAUAUAACAAAAUCUAAAGAAACAGAAUCCACCUUCAGUGCGGAAUCUAUUUGAAGUGACUGACAAUUUUUCAUUUGUCAAUCAAUGGGGGUUUAAAUAUUCUUUCAAUUGUCAAAUUAUCUUGCAUUUCACACAUAAACAUCCCUUACACAUAUGUUAAAUCCAUACUUUGUGCUAGUAAAACUAAGCAAACUACCUUAAAAGAUGCUUGAUUGAAAUAGAAAGAAAGCUUCUGAAAAUGAACAAAUACAUUAUUGGGAGGUAUAUUUAUUUUUUAUUAUGCCAUGGUGAUAUUUGGGGUGCUUGAGAAGCAUCCUCUGAAUGUUGUAUUUAUUGUCUUUAAUGCUAUGCUGAGAGCAUAGCAUUAAAGAUUUGGAAAUCCUAAAAAAAAAAAAAACGUAUUCUGUACUUGUAAUGGCAAUUUAGCCUGCACAUGAAAGAUGACAUUUUAUUUCCUAUAAAGCCAUACCAAGUCAUGUUUGUUGUGACGUGCACGGUGUGCGUAAUGAUACUUCUAUAUCUCUCUUCAGUUUGUUAGAAAAAUCUUUCUGUCUGUUAAGAGGUUUGCUUAUGAAAACUGUUAACAUUAUGAAGUGCAAAGAACAAAUGCAAAUGUUUGUGUAUAUUUACUGUGGUAUAUUUAAUUUAAGUUUUGUUUUUAAAAGUUUGGUGGGGGUUUUAUAACCCUCUAACUUAAAUUUAACUGCGUGUGUGUGUUUUUUUCAUUCACAUGAACAUGUGACUAAAAGGUACUCCUGCAGUAUAACCUCUA